CCAAUCCACACCAUGUCUUCCAAGCCUACUGUCAUAUCUGUUAUAGGCUCCCUAAAUGUGGACCUCGUCACUCGAACACCCCGUGUACCUGUCGCCGGUGAGACAUUGACGUCGGAAUCCUUCGACAUCGGCUUUGGAGGUAAAGGUGCCAACCAAGCAGUCGCGUGCGCACGUCUAUCAAGAACGGAAAAGCAAGCAGCUAGCGGAGAAGCCUCUGAUGUCGAGGUGCGGAUGGUGGGUGCGGUGGGCGAAGAUCAAUUCGCACCGGAUUUCUUGAAGAGUUUACAGAAGGACGGGUUGAAUACGUCAAAGAUCCAAGUGCUGCCGGGGAAGAAAACAGGUGUUGCUGUCAUUAUCGUUGAGAGCCAGACCGGUGAGAAUAGGAUCAUGUUUUGCCCGGGAGCAAAUUACGACGUGCCGGUGGCGGACCUGGUGGACAGCGACGCUUCGGUGGCGCUGUUCCAGUUAGAGCUUCCAAUGGAUGUCGUAUUGCAUAACAUGAAGGUAGCACGCGAUAAGGGCGUCGAAACCAUCAUCAAUCCAGCACCUGCGAUACCAUUGCCAGAUGAGGCAUACCAAGGACUUGGACACCUCCUCGUGAAUGAAACAGAAGCUGCAAUUCUCUCAGGCAUCUCCAAUCCUACCUCAUGGGACGAGGUUGCCGCUGUCUUCGUCUCGAGAGGCGUUAAGAACAUCAUCAUCACUCUUGGUGGAGAAGGUGUAUACUACCAGACUGAUAAGCUACAUUCGCAGUCGCAGGCGGGAAAGCUUGUUCCUGCUCGAAAGGUCAAGGUGGUUGACACGACAGCGGCCGGAGACACGUUUGUGGGUGCAUAUUCAGUCGCUAUCGCUCGUUGGAAGUUGAACGCCAGUGAUACUGAGCUCGACUUGGACGAAGUAAUUGCAUUCGCCAACCGUGCUGCCUCCAUGACUGUCCAGAAGAAGGGCGCCCAGUCAUCGAUUCCUUGGGUUGAUGAGGUACCAAUAGCUUAGCAGACCUAAGGCUGCAUGAAUAAAGCGCUCGUAAGGGAUAAAAAAAAAAAAAAAAGGCUAUCUUGAACAUAAAGCACAUCAACCUAGAAUAUCUAUUUGCCUGUCAGGUUAGUUCUAGCGCUUUGAAAGAAUGUGUCAGCCGUAGACCUCUGCAAAAAUGCAGGGCCAUCUCUAAUUCAGCAAUGCCUAUCCAAAUCAGGCACCUCGCUUUUGCCGACAUGGCCUAUUACUGAUCCCGAGGUUGAUAAUGUUGAUCUCCUCCCCAACUGGUCAGCGCCCGGUUUCGGCCAGCGCUUCCAACGAGGCGUAGUAUUGUACGAUUAGGCGAUUUUGAGGCCUGCACGGGUCAGAUUUUGUGUACGUUUGUACGCCAGAGAGGAGGAGAGGUAAGU